AUGUCGGUCUACACGAUCUGUGUGCGUUCGCGAGUCGGUACCUACGUGUUCGGUGUCAAACGUUCCCCAGACCCUGAUCUGGCGUCCCUCCCCCCAAGACUGUAGAUUGUAGCGUCUGGCCGCGACUACAUGGAUUACCGAGCUGCGAAAGUGCGAGUCGAUGCCGUGCGGGAGAUCGGGGAGGACAACCGUGAUCUGAAUCGCUGGCAGCUGGCUGUGUUGGACGAAGAGAACGAGCAGGAACGAAUGCGUCGAUCGGCGUAG